AUGGCUGUGAUAGCAACGGAUAUCAGCGGCAACCUGAGUGGGCUAGCACAUACUUGCAGGACAGGCGGCAGAAACGAAACAGAAUUCACAACAGACGGUUUACCUAAAGCUUUUUUGCACAGUUUGCGGACUUUAUUUGAUAUACUUGAUGACGGAAAGAGAGGUUAUGUUCAUAUAUCUGAGAUUGAGAGCCGGUGGCAAGGCGCGGAGACUCAAGAUUUACCCAGCGGUGUGUUGGAUAGUUUGAGGCGGGUUGCACCAUCCCAUGGCUGCUUGACAUUCGAGCGCUUUGUGGCGGGGCUCCGGUACUCGAUGCUCCAUCCAGAAAAUAACAGUGUGAAAACACAGCCAUCGACCCAUCACCAAAAUUCCUAUUCAGGUGGAUCUAAACCGCAACAACAUCUGACAAACUCGCAUAGAACAAGUGCUCUCUCGAGUUGUGGCAUAGGAAUACGACAGUGCGAAAGUAAAGUUCGUCCUCUCGGCCCAAGCAAUGGCACUAAUAUACAUCGCAGCCGUGCGUCCUCUCUUCACAGUCGGCCAAGACAUCACGAAGACCCGGCUUCGGGAUACAUGGCUGCAAAUAAGCACGGGGAGCCCGCGCAGUAUCCUUCAUGCUCUGGUGGGGUACAGCGAUGUAACGAUACUGGAUACGAGAGGACCGGGAGGAGCCUAGAGCGCAUUUCAGUUGUACCAGAAACUGCUGCUUACCGAUCCGAUUCCUCUCGGCUCGGGAAAAAGGUGCAUCCGCCCCACCGUGGCCGGUCCAUCGAGUCACUUGCUCUUGAGUCACCACAACCUCCGAGGCCCCGAUCCUCUGAAACUGGUGGUCUGCCACGAUCACAGAGUGAAACCACUACAGGGUUUACAGGGUCCAGGCGCCAUGGGCGAAGCCGAGAUGAACAGAGGCGUCACACCAUCACAAAUGGAGUAGAUUAUGGAAUGCUGAAGCAGAUGAAGGAGCUGGAGCAGGAGAAGGACUCCCUGCUGGCUGGUCUGGAUUUGGUGGAGAGGGCCAGAGAGUGGUACCAGUCUCAGAUCCACAGUGUCACUGAGAGACAGAGGCAUGUGGGUCAAAGCAAUCACUGUGCUGAUUUUCUCACGGAAUCCAGUCAAAGUCGCUUGGGUGUCCUCCUGCCCAAACUACAGGAAGUCAACCGCUGCCUUAAUGACCUAAUAUCCAAUUCUGGACAAACCUUCCCAUCCCCUGGCACCCAACCCUCCACCAUCUCUCCCAGUCAGUCUGUCCCUGCACAUCCUCAGGCCAUCCAGAGACUGAAGGACCAGAACCGCCUCCUCACACAGGAGGUGACUGAGAAAAGUGAACGCAUCACCCAGCUGGAGCAGGAGAAGUCUGCUCUAAUCAAACAGCUUUUUGAAGCUCGUGCCCGCAGCGCUCAUGACAACAGUGCACUAGACUCAACUUUCAUCUAA